GUGUAUGUGUGUGUGUCUGUGGUUGGUAGAAGAGAGAAUGCACGUGGGAGGACAUAAGCAGGAGGUCCUUCAGACAGGUUAAGGUGAAAGACAUUGGCUAAUGACCAGCAGAGGAGUAAAAUUGCUGCUCCAGUCAGAAAGAGACGACGAGACACUCAAGGAAUUUAGACAUUCCGGCUGCUGAGGUUUAAGAAACAUGGAUGUACGUAGUCGAGACUUAUCUGAAAGCCAGGGUGGCACCCCAGAGCUGCGCUUAAUCUUGGUAGGCAACAUCGGUUGUGGAAAGACCCUGACAAUUAACACUCUGCUGACUGACAGCGCGAGCAUCAGCCCCCUUGUGCCAUCAAGGGUCAAUGAGGUUCGGUGUGGCGUGUCAGAAGGACGCCGACUUAAACUGGUCGAGACGCCACGUUGGUACUGGAAAGGUGUGCAUGUUGACCUCAGUGUUCAGCGAGAGACAGAGAGGGCUCUCAGCCUGGUGGCACCCGGGCCGCAUGCCUUCCUCAUCCUGGUGCCCGUAGGACAGUUCACUGAGAUGGAAUGCCGAAUCCCUGCUGAGCUGGAGCGUGUGUUUGGCCGAGGUGCGCUGGAGCACUCCUUGGUGCUGCUUACUUGCGGGGAUUAUCUGACAGGUCGAGACCAUGAGCGAUACGUGAGCCUGGAGGAGCCUGGACUCGGUGCUAUGGUGAAUGAGUGUGGCGGACGCUGGCAUGUGAUCAAUAACCGCAGACCAAAUGACAGACAGCAGGUCAGAUCACUGCUGGAGAAGGUUGAGAAGCUGACACAGAGGACCGGCGGCUGUUACCUGCCAAGUGCCAUGCAGAAAGAGGUAGAGGAGCGAGUGCCUGAGAAAGAGUAUGAGCUCCAGAGGAGGUACAGUCUGCAGGAGAAGGAGCUGGUGCAACCAGAUCACAGCACACUGACUCAGUCAUUAUGGGCCAAAGAGGAGACGUGGGAAGAGUCGGGAAGGAGAGGAAAAAUCCGUGUCAGGAGCAUGGGACCAGCAACAGGAAGGGUGUUAUCACAGCAGCUGGUCAAUGGGCUUGACUCUCAGUCAUGGUAUGACGACUCGCCCAUAGGACUCAAGCAGAAGCAACCCAGUUUCAAAUUGAGUAAAGAGGGCGCCAUUCUCAGCCAAAUGUCCGAGACAGACCAACCAGUCAAAAACCAGAGCAACCACAACUACAUUAAUACCAUUCAUUACCAAAUCAGCACCACAGAUGACACCAGCUCUGCUCCAACUUCACCCAAAUCACCCACAGCUACCAUUACCUCUUACUCUCCCUCUUCAAAUGCCUUCUCCUCUUUGUCCUCUGCUCCCUUCUCCUUGUCUUCUUCUUCUUCUGCUUUUUCCACUUCCUCCUCUACUAACUUCUCCUCUUAUUCAUCUGCUGCACUUACCUCUUCCCCCUCCAAUGCUCCCUUCUCUUCUUCUUCUAAUGCCUUGUUCCCUUCCUCCUCCACUGCCAUCUCUUCUUCCUCCUCUACAGCCAUUUCAUCUUCCCCCACCAAUGCCCCAACCUCUACCAAUGGUUUGAUUUCUUCUACUCGUCCAAACAAUACCUCCUUUUCAUCCUCCUCCACUGCUACAUACACUGCUUUUCCCAAGACAAACACCUCCUUCUUGUCCUCCUCUAACGCUGCUUCUUCUUCUUCACCCAGCACCAACACCUCCUUCUUGUCCUCCUCCACUUCUGUCUCAUCUUCUCCCAGCACCAAUACCGCCUUCUCGUCCUCCUCCCCUUCUGUCUCAUCUUCUCCCAGCACCAAUACCGCCUUCUCGUCCUCCUCCCCUUCUGUCUCUUCUUCUCCCAGCACCAAUACUGCCUUCUCGUCCUCCUCCCCUUCUGUCUCAUCUUCUCCCAGCACCAAUAACCCCUUCUUGUCCUCCUCUACUUCUGUCUCAUCUUCUCCCAGCACCAAUACCACCUUCUUGUCCUCCUCUAAUGCUUUAUUCUCUCGCUCCACUGCUGCCUCCUCUUUUUCCUUUCCCAGCGACUCCUCAAAUGAACUGAGACUGGUUCUUCUUGGUCGGUCUGGGUCUGGAAAAAGUGCAGCAGGGAAUGCCAUUCUGGGCAGAGAUGAGUUUAAACUGCGUAAAGAUGAUGCCACUGGUGCCACCACACAGACGUGUGUAAAAGGAACAGCUGUGGUUGGACAGAAACAAUUGGCAGUGGUGGAUACUCCAGACUGGUUCAGUCCCAGCUGUCCCCCAGAGACGUUAGCAACCCAUCUGUCCUCCUGUAUUGAUCUGUGUGCCCCAGGUCCUCAUGCUUUUCUAUUGUGUGUUCCUAUAACCCUGCCCGGCCGCUCAAACUUGCAUGACCUGGCCUCUAUAAGAAAUUCCUUUGGCAAUGAUUUCAUUCAACGAUGUACCCUGGUCCUCUUUACACACUGUGACAUUCUAAAAGAUGUAAAGGUGGAGGAAUACAUCGCAGCCAAGCGGCCCGAGUUGCUAGAGUUGGUGGAGAAGUGUGGUGACCGCUACCACGUGCUAAAGCAAGAUAGGAAUGGAGAUAAUAUAAAGGAUCUGCUGGAAAAGGUAGAGCAGGUGAUAAAGGAAAACAGAAGAAGCCAUUACAGCUACCAGGGAGAGGGGGAGACAGGGAAAGAAAAGACUGCACAGUUGCGAAGAGGCCGAGGGGGAGAGGAUGAUCUGGACCGAGCAGUCUCAAACACUUUACAUUCUCUGAAAGAAGAAGAGGAGAUUGAACAAGAUGAGAAAAAAGUAAAACCAGCCCAAUCUACAGCAACGUCUGUGACUUCUGUGCUCGGAUCCGUCCUUCGGUUUGUUGGGCAGAAGGUGGGGGAAGGUGCCAAGCAGGUACCUAAGCUGGUGGCUGGAGGAGCAAUGCUAGGAGGUGUGCUUGGGUUAUACGUUGGUGGACCUGUAGGGGGUGCUGUUGGGGCUACAGCAGGAUCUGUAGCUGCAGAAUAUGGAAGACGAAAAUACAACAAACCCAAAACAGACUGAUUGGACAGCAAUGGAAAAAUUGCUGCCAGUAACGCUUAUAGUCUCUGCUAUUUAUAACUUAAUGCUGAAGCUGUUCUUUAUUAACACAAGUGAGCAACAAAACUUUAACAGUUGUGAACAAAACUGAACAGUGGUUUGUUUGAUUGUGCCUUUGACUGACGGAAAGUAAAGGCAAAUGAUGGACUAAAGAUUGUAACAAAAAUGAAAAAUCAAGUGUAAGAAAGUUAAGAAACACUAAAAAUAUCUAAUGUAACUCAGUACUUAGUUGUACCUUGUGUGAAAGGUCUGCUAUUCAUCUAUCGAAGAUUAAUAUAUUAUUCUAAAAUCUAUACUUUAGACUGGAUUAAAGCUUGUAUCCACACCUGCACUUUUAAUAAAAAAAAUAAAAUUGAAGACCUCUGGUGGAAAAUGU